AGAAGCUCUCUGUAUACGAAUUCGAGUCUGAAGCCAAUUUUCCCAAAACAAAGACACCGACAAUCAAUUGCUGAACGCUUCUCUGGUCUCUUCAGCAGAAAAAAAAGGGGUUGAUUUAAACAAAAGAAAUCAUCCUGUAAAGUUGUUGAAAUUUCUCUGCGACUGGAGAGUGUUGAAAGAGGUUCAGAUGCCUGUGCAGCAAGAGCUCUGCCGAAACUUUCAGCGUGGAAGCUGCCAGUUUGGCCAACGAUGUAAGUUUCUUCAUGUGAAUCCGCAACAACAAAGACCCAAUAAUUUAUUCGGUGCUGGGGCUCAAUCUGUCUCAUUUCAACCCCAAAAGUCCAAUCCUUAUGGUUUCGGUGUUCAGAACAAUUCUCAACAAAAACCCUUUAAUAAGCCCUUCGAGAACACAUGGACUCGGUUUUCACCUGUGUCUACUGGGACUGCCCCAGCUUCACGGCAAUCCGAAAGUCAGGCCCAAGCUAACCACAAGUGUACAGAUCCCGAGUCCUGCAGACGCAUAAUUGUUGAAGAUUUUGAGCACGAAAGACCCCUUUGGAAGCUUACGUGUUACGGUCACUGGAAAAAUGCUCCUUGUGACAUUGUUGGGGAUAUUAGCUACGAAGAACUGAGGGCAGCAGCAUAUGACGAUGCUAAGCGUGGUUUGAGCUUUCAGUCAAUAGUUGAUAGAGAGUGGAAUUUACUGAGUUCCAAGCUACGAGAAUUUGAGAACCUUUGCAAGCCCCAUGCAGUUCGACCGAGCUUAACUCCCGCUAACCAAAACACUUUUCCCGGUAUGGGUCCAAAUGCAUUUUCACAACCUGCACAAAAUAGUGCCCCUACUUCGGUCUCGACCUUUAGUCAACUGGGUGCAUCACUCAACGUGGCAUCUGGGCCAAGGCCGCCUGCACCUUCCAACAAUGCUUUCCUUGCGCCGAGUCCUUUUGGGGUUUCUAGUCAGACUCCAAGUGCUUUUGGGACAAAAUCUUUGUCAUCUGAAAUUCAAGCAAGUCCAUUUACCUCCUCUCCGUCGGUCUUUGGAAAUAAUAGUUUCGUGAGAGCUGAAAGUAACCCAGUUAUCCCAUCAGCAGUGCCAGCCCAAAAUCCCGGAGCAACUAAUAACCCAUCACCUGGCCUUUUCAUGGGGCUCAACCCUAAUUCUAAUGCAAAUGGAGAAGUUCAGCAGACAAAUUACACGCAAAAUGCGGAACUCUCUGGAGUGGAUACGAGUGUAUGGUUAAGAACCAAGUGGAGUCCCGGAGAGAUUCCUGAUGAAGCGCCUCCUGAUGCUGUUUGCUCAUGAUGGGAUUAUGGCUUAGUUUUUAGUAUUGUUGUAGAUUUUGGAAAAAUUAUUUUUAGCUGUGUUGAAAGAAAAGGCAGCU